GCCGGGGCAGACGGGAGGCCGGGCGGGCCCCGCCGAGGGCGGGGCGGGGCCGGGCGCACGGGGGCGGACCUCGGCGCGCUCCCGGCCGCUCGCUGGCUCCGGGGCCGCGGCGGCUCCUCUGCCGGGUCGCGCCGGACGACGGGCUUCGGGCGGCGGCCCCGGAGGCCUGCGGACGGACGGGUGGGCCGAGGCGCAGGCCCCGCGGCCGCCGUCUCCCGCUUCUGCCCGCGCAGGGCCCGCGCCAUGGCCGCCUCGCCGGGCUCGGGCAGCGCCAACCCGCGGAAGUUCAGUGAGAAGAUCGCGCUGCACACGCAGAGACAGGCCGAGGAGACGCGGGCCUUCGAGCAGCUCAUGACCGACCUCACCCUGUCGCGGGUUCAAUUUCAGAAGCUUCAGCAACUGCGCCUUACACAGUACCAUGGAGGAUCCUUACCAAACGUGAGCCAGCUGCGGAGCAGUGCGUCAGAGUUUCAGCCGUCAUUUCACCAAGCUGAUAAUGUUCGGGGAACCCGCCAUCACGGGCUAGUGGAGAGGCCAUCCAGGAACCGCUUCCACCCCCUCCACCGAAGGUCUGGGGACAAGCCAGGGCGACAAUUUGAUGGUAGUGCUUUUGGAGCCAAUUAUUCCUCACAGCCUCUGGAUGAGAGUUGGCCAAGGCAGCAGCCUCCUUGGAAAGAUGAAAAGCAUCCUGGGUUCAGGCUGACAUCUGCACUUAACAGGACCAAUUCUGAUUCUGCUCUUCACACGAGUGCUCUGAGCACCAAGCCCCAGGACCCCUAUGGAGGAGGGGGCCAGUCGGCCUGGCCUGCCCCAUACAUGGGUUUCUGUGAUGGUGAGAAUAAUGGACAUGGGGAAGUAGCAUCUUUCCCUGGCCCAUUGAAAGAAGAGAAUCUGUUAAAUGUUCCGAAGCCACUGCCAAAACAACUGUGGGAGACCAAGGAGAUUCAGUCCCUGUCAGGACGCCCUCGAUCCUGUGAUGUUGGAGGUGGCAAUGCUUUUCCACAUAAUGGUCAAAACCUAGGCCUCUCACCCUUUUUGGGGACCUUGAACACUGGAGGGUCAUUGCCAGAUCUAACUAACCUCCACUACUCGACGCCGCUGCCAGCCUCCCUGGACGCCACUGACCACCUCUUUGGUAGUAUGAGUGUGGGGAAUAGUAUGAACAACAUCCCAGCUGCUGUGACCCACCUGGGUAUAAGAAGCUCCUCUGGUCUCCAGAGUUCUCGGAGUAACCCCUCCAUCCAAGCCACACUCAAUAAGACUGUGCUUUCCUCUUCCUUAAAUAACCACCCACAGACAUCUGUUCCCAACGCAUCUGCUCUUCACCCUUCACUCCGUCUGUUUUCCCUUAGCAACCCAUCUCUUUCCACCACAAACCUGAGUGGCCCGUCUCGGCGUCGGCAGCCUCCCGUCAGCCCUCUCACGCUUUCUCCUGGCCCCGAAGCACAUCAAGGUUUCAGCAGACAGCUGUCUUCAACCAGCCCACUGGCCCCAUAUCCUACCUCCCAGAUGGUGUCCUCAGACCGAAGCCAACUUUCCUUCCUGCCCACAGAAGCUCAAGCCCAGGUGUCCCCGCCACCCCCUUACCCUGCACCCCAGGAGCUCACCCAGCCCCUCCUGCAGCAGCCCCGCGCCCCUGAGGCCCCUGCCCAGCAGCCCCAGGCAGCCUCCUCACUGCCACAGUCAGACUUUCAGCUUCUCCCAGCCCAGGGCUCAUCCUUGACCAACUUCUUCCCAGAUGUGGGUUUUGACCAGCAGUCCAUGAGGCCAGGCCCUGCCUUUCCUCAACAGGUGCCUCUGGUGCAACAAGGUUCCCGAGAACUGCAGGACUCUUUUCAUUUGAGACCAAGCCCGUAUUCCAACUGCGGGAGUCUCCCGAACACCAUCCUGACAGAAGACUCCGGCACCAGCCUGUUCAAAGACCUCAACAGCGCGCUGGCAGGCCUGCCUGAGGUCAGCCUGAACGUGGACACUCCAUUUCCACUGGAAGAGGAGCUGCAGAUUGAACCCCUGAGCCUGGACGGACUCAACAUGUUAAGUGACUCCAGCAUGGGCCUGCUGGACCCCUCUGUUGAAGAGACGUUUCGAGCUGACAGACUGUGAACAGAAGGCAGUGGAACAGAAGAAUGUUUUUCUGCAGUAGCCAAAAUAGAAUGGAAUAGAAUGGAGCCAGCUGACACCGCGGGCUUUCGUUAUCUUGACAUAGAAGGAAGCAAUGCCACGGCUCCAGGCUUUCAGAUGAGGUCCCAUCUCAGACACUGUGGCUUCCUCCAGAUCACACAGCUUCGUACUGCCUCUCCCGCCUGUGGCCAAAGUCGUGUUGCAGCAGGCAGGCUGCUUGGAGCUUCCCAUGAACUGGAAAGCUCAUCUCCACUGCAUCUUUUUACUGGCCAUCCAGUCAGUCGAUGUGUAAGAGUAGGAAAUACUGUGUCACUGGAGGCCCCUGCAGCAUCGUGUAGUGCUCAGAACCACUGAUCUCCGUCCGCACCCAAGGCGGGCCCGGAGUGGGAGGCUCAGCCCGGGGCGGCAGCACCGGAGAGGGCACCUCGAUGCCUCCUCUGACCUGACCCGGAGGGCGAGGCCCUCCAGCAGGGGACAUUCCCAGGCUGAGUGGCCCCCACGGCUCUCUCCCACGCCUGAAUUACGACAUGAGGUUUUUACCACAAGUCCGAGGGCAGGCUUGAGUUAGGCAGACUGAAGGCUAAUUUUCAUUUUCUCCCAGUUGGUUUCUGCUGCUUCAGAAAAGUACACCUUUUCCUUAUGGACCAGAGGAAGAGGAAGACCAUUUGAUCAGUCACUGAAAAGAGUCCCCUGGCACUGAUGAGCCUGAAGAGAACUGUGCUCCUUCUCGGGGGGUGGGGAAGGACGACAGGGACUGCAGGUGUCUCACACUCAGUGGCCUCCAGACAAGCACAGACCUCCCCACUAAGAGCAGCCAGAGGGAGCUGCUGAGGUCGUAACCACACUCACUGAGCUUCCCCAUCCCUCCCCAGAGCUGUGUCUCUGUGGGCUGGGAGUUUAAUGUCACCCCCCUAGACCCUCAGCUCCUUGAGGGCAGGGACAGUGCCUUAUUCAUUGUUGAACCCGUAGCACCUAACAUGUGCGUGGCAGCACGCUCGUGCGCGGGAGUGAGUGCUGCAGAACCACGUGUGCAGCGCAUGAUGAAUGAGUGCGUCCGCCGUGCCGUAAGGCAGGCUAACCUGUAGCUAUCCCCCUUCCCUGCCAGAUCUUCUCAGAGCUUUAGCUUUUCUAGCACUCGUGCCUAUGGUGAAGCAUGCACUUUAAUAUGCUUUUAACACUAGGUGACCAAAUCACAGUGAAGCCGGGCACUGCAUUCUCCUUGGGCUCCACGCGGGUGGGUGGGAGCUGUCUUCUGAGUACAUCCGGAAGGGCUGAGCAGGUGAGGGCCCUGAGGGACCCUGGCUAGGCCCCACCCAGGAAGAUCUUCCUUCUCAGAUCCAUGUUUGGCUCUAAAUUGCUUCAAGUAGAGAUUCAUUCUUUGAGGUUGAAAAAAUGGUUUAUAGUAAAAUGAAGGCCUAAUUCAUGGAACCAUCAUUAGUCAUUAAUAUCUUCUCAUAAAAUAGAUGGACCAGAUUUCCACCACCGCCUGCCUCCUCUAACUUGGGUGAAGCCAGUAGGUUUGAAGGGGGCAGAACACUGCAGGGGAGGGGUCUAGGCUGUGAGAGGACAGGGUGGAGAGGAGGAGAACCCUGAAGGAGAGACGGAAGAUGCCAGGACCUUUGCUUGGACAGCCAUUGCCCUUCCAGGAAACCCUGGAGUGUACUGAGGGUCGCUGGACUGCCCCACCCAGAGGAGCAAGGCUGUACAAUGAGGGUCUGAAUCUGGCACACCUGUCCCUUAUGUAAAAGUUGUCGUCACAAGACCCUGGGCUGGUUAGCCUCUCCAGACCUCGUUCCAUUUCUGUCUUCUGACCUUGCCUCUCAUCUUUAAAAUAACCCUCAUGGGGUGCCCCUCCACCUUCCUUUGGAAUCCAAGUAUUCCUGUUUCACAUUUGCCCCAAAUCUUGGCUGUGGAAUUGGGAAAUAAACCAGAGUCCUCCUCGCCUGACUUCCAGCUCAGGAAGGGCUGCUGGCCUGCCCUUGCCAGCCCUGUUCCCAGUUACACUUUCAGAUCCCUUUGUGCUCAGGAUCUCAGAGGGGGUGGCUUUUUGUUAAAGAGCCUUUAGUCGCAAUGCUACCCAGCACCCCCGUGUUCCAAAAGAAGCCAGCUCCUGUGUCAAAGGGCUCCCAAACCUAAUCUCACUCAACAGGGGAUGGUGCUGAUGUUACAAGAGUUUUUAUAAAACAGAGGUCUCAGCAUAGUCACUCUUCACAUAGUGCCUUACCCGUGGGUAUCGUCAUAUCCGGGUCCCAGUUCAGUUUGUCUGCACAGCAGCCACCCUGCCUGGCAACAGGACACCCCAAGAUCUACACAGUGAACCCUACUGCCCCACAGGCGUUCUCCAGGUGACUUGUGAAAACACGCCUCUAGGGGGAGUGAUUGGGGAGCGUACACCGGGGGCAAUAUGGUUCAGCACUGAAUUCAAUUUGUCCUUAGGUCUAUGAGUCUGAUCUUUUCUUGUGAAAGGUUUUGGGCAUCAUACAACCCACUCUGCCUAGAAGGUGUGGAGGACUCACCACAGGCAGGGUCGCCCUGGCCCACAGCACGUGAGCCUGCACUCACUGCGGCCUUUGUAACAACACCAGUUGUGGUCCUCAGCAUUUGAAGCAGCUGCAUACUUCAGAGUAAACUAUUUUUCAAUAUUUAGUUUUGUCACAAGAAAUCGACCAUUGUACUACUCUCACUUAUAGCAGUUAAACAGCAUAGAACUAAAAACCUGUCUGCAUUUCCAUUUUUUCUUUCUGUAUGGUUGUGGGUUUUAGGACAUAGGGCGUUAGGAGAAGGGUUUCUUGAUCAUGUCAUGAAUUCUCCUUUGUCCUGUUUCUCCUAUUUCAUUUCUCCUCCGCCUGCUGUAUAUUACCUGAGCUGGUGUUGGAUCUUCAAGUCCAUAUGUGUAUUUGCAGACCUUUCCCAUUCCCACUCUUGUUGGCUCUUCUGAUUUAUGCACAGAUGGUUCCCAGCAUGUGUCCAGUGCUUCGUGGAUGGGACCAUCCCAGCAACUAAUCAGAUUUCCUGCCAGUGUCCUAACCCCCAGGGCACCCUGUUCAACCAUAUUUAAAGAUUGGAAUUUGUAUAAAGUUGCUUCCAAGUUUUAUAAUGCAUCAUUUUACAUCUUUCGUAAUUAAAAGCAGCACAAUGAGGUUGUCUCUGCA